AGACUAUUAAGGGGGGAACAAUAUUUUCGCCUUGAAUCAAUUUUGCAGUGCGGUAACUAUGGAGGAUAGCUCAUCAUCCAUUCCUCCGAACAAUGCGUCAACUUCCGGUGCGGCCAAAUACCUAGCCGGCCUCCCUUCUCGAGGCCUCUUUUCCUCCACCGUACUCUCCUCUACUCCGGGUGGAAUGCGAGUAUAUGUUUGCGAUCAUGAAACGUCACCUCCGGAGGACCAGCUUAUUAAGACAAACCAGCAAAACAUAUUGAUUAGGUCUCUCAUGCUUAAGAAGCAGAGAGGUGACUAUAGUUCAAAAGAUGGCAAGGGGGUUUCCUCAAGUGACAAUGGUAGAAAAAGAGCUGCUGAUAAAGCAUUGGAUAGUAGGGCAUCAACCAAGAAGGCUACCACCAGUAACAACGUUGCCUCUACCCAAGAAACUUCAAAAACUCGUACACCUGAAAUACAAAAUUUGACUGUUGAGAAGCUACGGGCUCUGUUAAAGGAGAAAGGUCUUUCACUGAGAGGAAGGAAGGAUGAACUAAUUGCUCGGUUAAGGGGAGACACAUGACUUAGCAUAUUCCAAGAGUUUGAGGCAGCUGAUUCCAAAUUCCGUUUUGUACACCAAGCAGCUGGGCGAAGUAGUCUUUUGCUUCUCUAUGAUGGGUUCUUUACAAAUUACAACUAAUUAAAGAGUCAACCUAUGGCCUUACAACUCUCUGCACGUUUUUUGUUCUUGUUGUAUGCUAUAGCAUUUUGUUAAAUUGUGAGGGUGCACUCCACUUGUGCCUUAAUAGUUGUAUCAUACUUCUAAUAUGUGAAAAAACUGCAUGUCAAAGUUUUGCUAGUCUUUGCAAAUUCGCAAUGAAACUGGUCUUUCAAAA